UGGUGAAAUUUUUUUGGUGUAUUAUUUUUAUCCUGAAUUUCACCUUCAUUUCAUCUAGUGACGUGUGAUGUGACGUGUCCAUUCAUCGACGGCAGAAGCAAGCAAGCAAGCAAUCCGUGGGAAGAAAAGAAUUUCAGUUCCACAGAGUUCCUUCCAGAGACAGCAGCAGCAGCAAGGCAAAAUGUCGACCGCAAAAAUUCAUCCAUCGGCUUCCGCACUAUCUACAACUAUCAAACACCUCACCGGCACCCUCCAAUUUUCUCGCACCUGCACCUUUCCCCCCAACGGUUUGGCCCAUUCGAGGCGCACUACACAUGCACUCAGAAUCAGGAGGAGCCUCACUGUGUCUUCUUCCUCUGUCUCCGACCCUCUCGAAGUCUGCGUCAAAGCCUCUCUCACUACCCCCAACAGGCUCGGUGACUGCCCCUUCACGCAAAGGGUUUUGCUGACACUGGAGGAGAAGCAUCUCCCAUAUGACUUGAAGUUGGUUGAUUUUUCUAAAAAGCCAGAAUGGUUCUUAAAAGUAAGUCCUGAGGGUAAAGUUCCAGUGAUAAAGAUUGAUGAGAAGUGGAUUGCUGAUUCAGAUGUCAUCACCCAAGCACUAGAAGAAAAAUUCCCUAAUCCACCGUUGGGAACACCACCUGAGAAAGCUUCAGUUGGAUCAAAGAUCUUCUCCACCUUCAUUGGUUUCCUUAAAAGCAAAGACCCCAAUGAUGGAACCGAGCAAGCAUUACUCAGUGAGCUGGUUGCUUUCAAUGAUUAUCUCAAAGAAAAUGGACCUUUUGUGGAUGGGAAAAGAGUAUCUGCUGCGGACUUGUCCCUUGGACCAAAGCUGUAUCAUUUAGAGAUUUCACUGGGGCAUUAUAAAAACUGGUCAGUUCCAGAUUCACUUCCCUGUGUGAAGUCCUACAUGAAGGAACUGGAUACGGGGAGAAUGAUUGGCAGUGGUAAAGCACAUGAGGGCCUGUAUGUUUUGGAUGCUGAAUCUUCCUCCUCUAGACAAGCUCUUCAAACUAUCGGCAUGCCUGGCCUCUCACUUUUACAUCAGUGGCAUAUGCGUUUAGGGCAUCCCCCCAUUUUUGUUUUAGACAAACUUCUCCCUAGUUUAGUGAAGCAUUGUGAUAGGAAUAAUUUUCAUUGUGAUGCCUGUGAGUUAGCCAAGCAUAAACAUUCUUGUUAUCCUCUAAUUAAUAAAAGAAGUUUAUUUCCCUUUAUGGUUAUUCAUUCUGAUGUAUGGGGUCCCUCUCGUGUUAUGUCUGUGUCUGACUGUUGUUGGUUUAUCACUUUUAUUGAUUGUUAUUCCCGUGUCACUUGGAUUUACAUGCUUCGUACCAAGAGUGAAGUUUUCUCUUGUUUUAAAACAUUCCAUAAGAUGGUCCAUACUCAGUUUGCCACUCUCAUUACAGUCCUUCGGAGUGACAAUGGCACUGAAUAUAUUGAUGGUGACUUUUGUGCGUAUCUCGAAGAACAUGGCAUCUUUUAUCAAACCAAUUGUAUUGGUAUUUCUGAAUAGAAUAGUGUUGCUGAA